AUGGCUGAAACACUCGUCUUUCCAUCUCUGUUUUCUUCAACAAGGGAAGGGCGAAACCAACGUUCUGCGCUCAACCAGACUGACAACAGAGGCCUCAAUCUAGGGCUAAGUCUGGGCUCCAUUGACUACAACCCAUGGGUCAUCAAGAAGAAGCUGACGGCCAGCGACCUCGGAGACUUGUGCAGGCUUUUGGUGCCCAAGAGUUCAACCCAGAAGCAUAUUUUGCCAUUCAUGAACAAGAGCUUGAACGAAAGGGUUCACAGUAGCAAUGGGCAAACGGUUACUGUUUACGACAGUGAUAUGAACACGAAGCAUGAGUUGGUCUUCAAAUACUGGCAAUCGGCAAAAUGUUAUGUUCUGCAAGCAAGCUGGAAGAAGGAGUUUGUGAAUGUGAGGGGGUUGAAGGAAGGUGAUCUAAUUGGACUUUACUGGGAUGCUCGUAGUUCUAUUUUUGUAUUUUCUCUACUUAAACGAGCAGACUGA